AUGUCCAAAAUAUUUUUUAUUAUUUUUUUAUUUAAUUUUUUUCCUUCAAUAAAUUCAAAUCCAUUAAAAUUACCCUAUGAAAAUAGAAGUCUUAUUGUUCUUGCUGCACCUUCGAUAUGGUAUGGGGAGAUAUUCUUGCUUAUUUUAUUAUCCCAAGUCGGCAUGUAUUUGAGUUAG